GCCGGAGAGCUCAUAACCACUAAGGGUCACCUUUCAUCUGCUUUAACAGUACAUUUUGCUGAGAUUGAGAAGGGAAUAUUGCUCUCGUGGGAUGAGUUACGUGCAAGAUACAACAACGAGCAGCUCGACAUGCUCGAGCAUGCUUCGUUCAACACCGAGAUGCUGCAGACUCACCGCGAGCUCCUAUACGCGAUUAAAACAAGUUGUGCAAAAAAGGCUGUGGGCCCAGAUGGUGUGUCCUUCGACCUUCUGAAGGCUGCAGCACAAGAGUCUACGGAUCUGAUAUUGCCACUUAUUACGAAAGUGGGAGUUUCUGGCCGCGAGCCCCUGGGCUUCAAGGGCGGCUGGCAAGUGGAUUUGUUCAAGUCUGGGGCUGUGGGCCCCAUCGGGAACUAUCGUGGUAUCAUGCUUGGGGUCCACAUUGCCAAAUUACACCAUAAAUUUCUACGCUCGAAGUUAGUGCAAGCCACUGAGAUGCUUUUGAACGAGUUUCAGAUGGGUGGCCUGGCCAGCAAGGGCACGGAUAUGGCGCUUCUGCAGGUGAACAUCAACAAGCGUCUUGCUUCCCUGGCCAGGCUCCAGCACACCACCCCGAAGGCACCCCAGCAAAGGAUCUUCGUGGACCCCGAGUCGCCCCAGGUCGAGAAGGACGUGUGGGGCCCCGCAUAUGUAGAUGACUUGGUUUCCCUAGUUGAGCUCGAAUGGGCCACCAGCUGGAAAGCGGUUGCCCAAGAAAUGGCUACCAUUGUGCACGAAGAAACGAUCUCCAGAGGUUUCCAGGUGAACUACAAGAAGGGAAAAUCAGAGCUCAUGGCAAUGUUUGUGGGAAAAGGGACCCGCAAGGCACGGCAGGAUUUUGCUGAGGUUGCCCCUCAAGGCCUACACAUCCCUCGUCUUGGUGUCAGGUUGGCCCUCACGCUGAAGUACAAAUACCUAGGAUCGUACAUCGACUCCAAGCUCUGUAUGGGCCCCGAGGUCUCCCACAG